AUGGCUGAACAGUUAUUCAAGGAGAUGGGGAUGAAAGUUAUUAUGCUGGAAGUCCACCCGUCUGCUGGAGGUGAAUGGUGGUAUUCGACUCACGACUUCACAGGCGAAUUUGGCCCCAAUGCCAUUCAGAGUUUCUCGGAUCGCUAUCCCAAGGAAGUUGAAGACAUGGAGAAGUGGCUGAACAGGUACCUUCAAUAUCAAGAUGGUUUCGCUACUGGCCGGAUAAAGAUGAAAGUGCCAUGGGCUUCCAUCAAGAACAACCAACACAACUUCAUUCAGAAGAAGUACCUCCUGAAAGACUUUGAGCUUGUUGAACCCUCUGACAUGAAGCAGGAAGAUGUGAGCAGACUCCUCAAGUUCUGGUGGGAUCGACAAUCAAAAUUCUCUCCAGGUGAGGUAUUCCAUUUCCAAAAAGUCACCACAAGUGCCUGUGACCCAACCUUGAUCCCUGCAAGAUACACUACUCUGCAAAGAAAGAAAACAAAGCCUACCCCUACUGAUCUGGAACCAAGAUGGGACAACUCUGACAGCAAUUCAGGUAGCGAGUCGGAGUCGAGUUCCACUUCAGGGACAGAGGAAGGUGAAGAAAAGAGGGAGGCUGAACUGGAUGGGGAGGCUGAACUGGACAGGGAUGCUGAACUGGCUGGGGACACUGAACCAGCUGGGGAUGUUGAACCGGCCAGGGUAAGACACCCCGACACUUCAUCUCCAGCCAGAAACAUCGGAGUAAGCGGCUGUGGUUUGCACUUGCCUGGUGAAGAUGAGGUUCCGGAGUCUUUCUGCAAUGAAGACUUGGGGGAUCUUUGGGUCGACACAUGCGCCGCCGAUCACAUUCCAGCUUUCGCAGGUAUCUCAACCUUCAACCAAAACCUCCUGCUGCUAUCUCCAUCUGUCAAUCUCCUCACCCAGUCCCAUGCAGUCAACACUUGA